AAAAUGGCGGACCGACUGACCCAACUUCAGGAGGCGGUGAACCAGUUGGGAGAGUAUUUCUGUAGUAGUGUUGGCGUUCUGCAAGGUGCUCCUGAGCCAGCUCAGCAGAAUGGAGAGAAUCCUACUGAUGGGACCACUAGAGAGCCGGGGAGUGAACCAACAGUGCCGUCAAGUGCAGAGAACGCUGCACUUUUUGCAAGUCUCAUCUCACGCACUGCACAAGACAUUGACGUCCUCAUCGAAUCCCUCCCCAGCCAGGCAUACACACCAAAAAAACAGGUAGAGAGCUUGCAAAGACUACAGUCUGAGAACCAACUGGCGGCAGAGAAAUUGAGAAAAGCCGUUGAAAAAGGAGAAGUGCUACUGGAGAAGAUUCGAGAAGCACUGAAAGAAAUCUGUGACUCGCAGUUUGGAAUAGAAAAUGACACACCUCCAAGAUGACUCCUUUGUCAUACAACAAACACACACACACACACAAAAUAUAAUUAUAUACACUGACAACUUUGAACAGUGGAUAUUUUCAUCAUUUGUCAUUUUCUGGUCUAAAAAUCACCUCUUCUUUUCCCUCUUUCUGGGCCACAAAUCUUGCAGCAGUGAACAGAAAGUCACUCAAUCUGUAAAAAAUGAAGUCAUUUUUUCCAACACAA